CCUGAUUUCUCCCCCACUGACCCAGAGUCCCAGACCCGUUUGAUGGCCCGUCCAAACUUGAGCAGCUUCAGAUUUCAAAGUUUUGCCUUUCGCAAAUUCGCAUUUGGAGUGUGCGCAAAUUCGCAGUCUCUCUCAAGUAUCAACCUAACAGAAGGUAAUUUCCCCCUUUAAUUUCUGGCUUCUGAGCUCCAAAUUUUGUUUUUCUUUAGUAAUUUUGCAUGAAUUUCUGUAAUGGGUUUUAAUUUCUAUCAUCAAUUUGUUGAAAUAAUUACUGGGUUGUUAAAUUAAUCCUUCAAAUUUGAGUAGAAAAUGCAGAAAAUGUCAACAACAACAACAAUCAAGUGUUUGUUACUAAUUCAAAAAUUGGUGAAAACCCCUCCCAUUAAUGCAUUUUUACUGUUGAAAUCCUCAGCUCUUCAUGAAUUGGAACACACCCACAAUUCGAUUUAUUUGAUUCUGCAUUUUCUUAUUAGCUAUAAACUUUUACCUCAAGCUCAGUUUUUUACACUUCAAUUGCUCAAUGGUAGGAUCAAAUCAUCUUCACAAUUGAAUAAUGCAUCACUUAUUCAAAUUUUCACCAAGAAUUACCCAAUUUCCCACCCCAUUUGUGUUCUUCUUCAAGAAACUAUCUUUAAUUCAUAUAUUCAAGCCAAAAUGGGUGAGGAGGCUUUGAGUUCCUUCACUGAGAUGAUUAAUCAGGGUUCGGUACCGAGGUCGAAUUUGUUUAAUUCAUUGUUGAUUCUUCUUUUAGAAAGCAACAAUCUUGAAAAGGCUUGGUGGGUUUUUAAUGAAUUUAGGAGUAAAGUUGAAUUGGAUGAAUAUAGUUUUGGGAUUAUGGUUAAGGGUUUUUGCCAAGGAAAUGAUUUGAAAAGAGCUUUUGAUGUGUUGGGUGGAUUAGAAGAUGUGGGUAUGUCUCCAAAUGUUGUUAUUUAUACCACUUUGAUUGAUGGGUGUUGUAAAAAUGGAGAUAUUUCUAAGGCAAAGGACUUGUUCCGCAAGAUGGAGGAAUUGGGAUUAGUAGCUAAUCAACAUACUUACACUGUUUUGAUGAAUGGGUUAUUUAAGAAAGGGCUUAAGAAAGAAGGGUUCCAACUCUAUGAGAAGAUGAAGGCUUGUGGGACCUUACCUAAUAUUUACACUUACAACAGUAUGAUGAGUGAGCAUUGUAAAGAUGGAUUGUUAGGCCGAGCCCUCCUGUUGUUCGAUGAAAUGCUCGAGAGAGGUUUGGCGCGCAACAUUGUUACCUACAACAUAUUGAUUAGUGGCCUGUGCAAGGAGAAGGACCCUUUGGAGGCUGAGAAAUUGGUGACACAGAUGAAAAACUAUGGCCUAAGUCCAAAUUUGAUCACCUAUAAUACCCUAAUUGAUGGGUUCUGUAACAUUGGGAAGUUAGACAAGGCUUUGAGUUUGUUUGGUCAGAUGAAGUUGGAUGCUCAAAUGCCAUCUUUGGUGACAUAUAACACUCUUAUUUCAGGUUUCUCUAAAUCUGGAAAUUCCAACAGGGCUACUAAAUUACUCAGGGAGAUGGAAGAGCGUGGUAUCACCCCGUCUAAAGUGACAUACACAAUUCUAAUCGAUGCGAUUGUUCGAUCUGGUAACAUGGAGAAGGCAUUAGAGAUGUAUUAUUCAAUGGAAAAGGUUGGAUUGGUACCAGAUGCUUACACUAUUGGUGCCUUGAUAAAUGGAUGGUGUACCAAGGGUAGGAUGUUAGAAGCAUCGAAGUUGCUCAAAUCAAUGGAGAUAAUGCAUUUACAUCCAAGUGAUGUGAUUUAUAAUAUGAUGAUUAAUGGUUACUGCAAAGAGGGAAGUUCUUACAGGGCAUUGCGGUCCCUUAGAGAUAUGAGGGAACACGGAAUGGUUCCAAAUGUUGGUAGCUAUUGUUCAACUAUACAUGUCCUCUGCAAAGAUGGGAAGUUAAAAGAAGGUGGAGAAUUAGUUGAGGAGAUGGUGAGCUUGGGUCUGAAACCAUCAAACUCGGUCUACAAUGUGCUAUCUCAAGUGAAAGAAGAUGAUUGAUGAUUAUUCUGUAAUGCCACAAGGGUAGUUGAUGUCUUACAAGAUGGAAAUAGACAACCUAGUGAUCUAGCUCCUGUCAAUCUGUCACAGGUAGACCUGGUUAUUGGGCAUGGUAGCCCAAUGGCUAUAGGGUUAAGGUCAAAAUUAUAGGGGUUUUAUUGGACAGUGCUUUAUUGGACAGUGUCAUUAUUGGACAAGGUCGUUAUAGGGCCAACAAAAAACUUGACCCAACCCGUUAACGACCCUUUAUGAGGGGACCCUCUAUGACCCAACCUGCUUUUGACCCGCACCAACCCUGAACCGGCCCGCCCAAUAACCAGUCCUAGUCUCAUAGAGGAGUCAGAAAGGGGUGACAAGGGAGGAAAUGAACUUGUAGCUUAGUUUGGUGUAGCAGGGCCUCCAAAUCUGAGUGGAACAGCACAAGCAUUCUCGCCUGCAUUGAAUUCUCUAGGCUUGCUUUUUGUGGCAUUUACAGAUCAAAUUGAAUUCAGCUGCAGUCGCAUCUGCUGCAGGGCAAUCCCAAAAUCUCAUGACUCAGUACUAGUACGAGUAGCAACUUGUUUGCUCCACCAAUAAUUGGCUUGGAUCGCGUUCCAUACUUUAUCAUGGCAGAUAAAUGGCUACUACCAAGGUUGCUAAUGAAGAUAUAGGCACCGCAGCUCCCAAAUCAAAAAGAAGCUUGACAACUGGAAAUUCCCUAAGAUCUCCGUCAAUAAGGUUAUUAUGUAAGGCAAUGGUUGAUUUAAAUACAGGGGCACUAAAGGAGCCGGUUUUGGGAGAAACAACUUACUUUCAACCAUCUAUUGGGAUUCAGAGCACUGCAAAAUGGAAUGAGUUGCAAGUUCCAGAAGCUUGGAUGCGUAUAAAAGAGCCUAAAAAGAGUGGGAAUUUCUUAGAGACGCUUCCAGAUGGCCGUGUUAUAGUGACGUUUCCAUCAGAAAGAGAAGCAGAUGAUGAAGAUGAUCAAUAUGAUGAAUAGACAUGGGCAGAUGAUCAAGCGUGUGGGUGUCUCUAAAUAAGUUUCAGUUUCAGUUUCAGUUUCAGUUUCAGUUUCUGUUUCUGUUUCUGUUUCUGUUUCGGUUUCUGUUUCUGUUUCUGUUUCAGUUUCAGUUUCAGUUUCAGUACUGUUUUCAGUAUACAGGCCCUCUGUUGAUGCAUGUUGUAAAUUCAUUUGAAGCUUUGUUGAUCCAUGUUGUAUACACUUGAAGGAAGCUGAAUGUAAUUUGGUUCAGUUUUCA